AUACUGCAGUUAUGUCGUUUACCUCUAAUUUAUGUUGUGUUAUCAAUCGUCGUUAACUUACUUAUUUUUCCUAUAAACGUUUAGUAAAUUCAUGUUAUUUUAACGGUAAUUUGCCACAUUUAUGUUUCGCUGGCUAACACUCAAGCUAACCUACUUUCAUGUGCUAACCCUUUAAUUGACAUAACUGUCACUGACAUCAAUAAUAAUCCAGCCCCGGGGUUUAUGUUGCCACAACAACGCGCUACAAACUCAAUAUUUGAAGGGCAUAAAAGGAGGCCAACCGUCCAGUUCCGUUCAGUUCCGUUCCGUUCAUACCAAACUCCAUUCAAAAUCAGGACAUUUGAUCAGUUUCCAGCCGUCGUGCAUUCAUGUAGAGCAGCUUUAACAACAGAAAUAUCUCUCAUGAAUAUCAAAGGUCCACUUUUCGAUUCGGCAGACAUCAGAUCAUCACCAGAGCUGCAGUGAAGUCAUGGUGCUGAAGAUCUUCUUCCCUCAGUGCUGUAACCGGGCCGACAGCGGCCUGCUGGUCGGUCGCUGGCUCUCCGGCCAUGACUCUGCCGUGGUGCUGGCGGUCAUCCACUACCCAUUCAUCCCGGGACAGGUCAAACAGUACAUCCAGCAGAUCCAGGCCCGCAGUGGGGUGGAGCUGUCGGUGCUGGGCUCAUGGAGUCUCCCCAAAGAGGGGCAGGAGGGCAUGGAGAGCUUCCUCAGAGACCUCAGCACCAUCUUCCCCCAGAAGCGCUGGCUCCAGAUCAACCGCGAGCUGGGGAAGACCGGCUUCAACUGCCAGGUCCUCAGCCGGGAUCAGAAUGGAAGAGUAAUUCCACGGGAGAUUAAAAAGAAGGCGGAUAAGAUUGAUGGCGAUGAUGGAGAAAAGAAGGGGAAAAAGAAGACGAAAAAGGAGGAGGAGAAAGAAAAGGAGGAGGAGAAAGAAAAGGAGGAGGAGAAAGAAAAGGAGGAGGAGAAAGAAAAGGAGAAGGAGAAAGAAAAGGAGGAGGAGAAAGAAAAGGAGGAGGAUGAGGAGGAGAAGGUGAUCUUCGUCCACUACGAGCAGAGGAAGGUGAUGCUGUCGCAGCUUCACCCCAUCGAGAACGGCCUUUCAGACCCAACAACGGACCCAACCUCUGAGCUGAGACAGAUGUUCCGCUCGGUGGCCCUCAGCCAGCCUCUGUUCUUCCUGGACCGAUACGACGACGGGCCCCUGAAGUCCACACACUGGCAGUCUGAGGGUCGAGAGGCCAGCAUCAUCGUGGAGCUGCUGAAACACUCCACCCUGCCGCUCUGCGUGCUGAUUCGCUGGCUGCUCAGCAUCUGGACCUGGAUCUGUAACAUCCGGGUCUUCAGUCUGUCCCCGCUGCGCUUCCUGAGCAGUAAGCUGUCCACCUGUGUGCAGCUCAGCUACAGGACGGAGCACAUGAGGACGCUCAGCUCGCAGAAGCCUGCCGCCGGACACACGGAGUUCAUGAGGAAGGCGAACAUGGUGGUGUCGGUGCUGCUGGACGUGGCUCUCGGCAUGCUGCUGAUGUGGUGGCUGUACAAAGACAACCACAUCAGCAUGUUAGCCAACACACUGGUGCCUGCAGCCGACCACGUGGCCAAAGAGCUGGAGGAGCUGCUGCAGUGGCUGAUGGGAGCUCCUGCCGGGCUGAAGAUGAACCGGGCCCUGGACCAGGUGCUGGGCCGCUUCUUCCUCUACCACAUCCACCUCUGGAUCAGCUACAUCCACCUGAUGUCCCCCUUCAUCGAGGGCAUCCUGUGGUACGGGGGUCUGUCGGCCUGCUUCGGCCUGACCUUCGCCCUCUCGCUGCUCUCCGACAUGGUGGCCCUGCUCACCUUCCACAUCUACUGCUUCUACGUGUACGGAGCCAGGCUGUACUGCCUGAAGAUCUACGGCCUCUCGUCUCUCUGGAGGCUCUUCAGGGGGAAGAAGUGGAACGUCCUGCGGCAGAGGGUGGACUCCUGCUCCUACGACCUGGACCAGCUCUUCAUUGGGACCCUGCUGUUCACCGUGCUGCUGUUCCUGCUGCCCACCACAGCGCUCUACUACCUGGUCUUCACUCUGUUGCGGCUGGUGGUGGUGCUGUUCCAGGGCGUGCUCCACCUCAGUGUGGACUUCAUCAACUCCUUCCCUCUGUUCGCUGUGGCGCUCCGCAUCACGCGCUCCUACAGACUAGCAGAGGGUGUAAAGUUCAAGGUGCUGUGUGAAGAGCCCGGGACGGCCCUGCACCUGCUGAUGGAGAUUAACCCUCUGAAGAGCAGCACGGUGGUUCAGUUGUACCGCACCCCGACGUACAGCUGUUACCCCAAAGACUCGUGGGCGGCCCUGGCCAAGAAACUGUUUGUUGGGGAGCUGAUUUAUCCCUGGAGACAUAAAACCACCAAAACCGACUGAGGGGAUGAGGGGACAACAGAAAGGGAAGUGACUGAUUACAUAAUGAGAUGGAAGGAAAGAGGGGGAAAGGUGAAACGAGAUGGAAAGGUAAAAAGAAAUGUGAGUUGCGUUGCUUUCAUGUUAAAUUGGAAGAAAGUUACAGAAAGUGUGUGUUAGCAAGAAACUGCCAGUUCAGCACACUUGGUCAGGUUGAAGAAGAAGAAGAAAAAUGUUUCUGAGCACAGAGAACAAGGCGGUGUAAGCCAUCAAACUUAAAAACCAGCAAGUAGUCACGUCCUGCUGCUGUAAGAACUGUGAUCAUAAGAUGACUUUCACUACAUGGGGAAGAUACUUUUAUUUUCCAUCAUUUUAGGAUUUGAUUUAGGGUCAGCUGUUUUCUUUUGUUGUAGAGGCCAUAAAUGAAUAAUAAUGAGUAUUUAAACCUCCUAAACCAAUGUUUCCCACAAAGAAAAACGCCACUAAAGGACCAAAGCUAUUUGUGUGGUAUGGUUUAAGUGUGCGACAGAAAGAUGAAUGACUAAUCCUUAGAUAAGACUUAAUAGAAAAAAACAAAUGAGAAAAAAACAAGCAGAUGACAGUACAUUGAUUGACUUUUGUGCUGGUGCACCUGCUUCUUAAAUGUAAUGUCCAUUUCAAGUGCCAUAAGCAAAUAAUCCAUAGUGAUGUACCACUCACGAUCACACACAUGAAGUACAAGCUGUUUUUCACACUCCAUGGGCUUUCCUGUAAAACCUACCUAGUUUAAAGUCGUUUUGCUGAGGGAACCAGGACACAGAUAAAACCCUCCCUACAACACUCCUUAGUCAUGAAAUACCAGAAUGUAAACAUUAGAGUUUUUUGACCCAUGACUUUUACUCCAGCACCAGCCUCUAAGCACCAUUGAAGCUUUUGGAGGGAUUCUAGAAGUAAAGUGAGACUGACCUUUAGUGAACUGCAGCCAAUGGACACUGCUUACUCUAAUUGCCAACACAUGUCGCAACAGUAACUCAAGUCAAAAAGAGUCAUCAAACCAGACUCCAUAUUUAAUGCAACAUAGAGGCGGGAUUCCACUCAGUAAUCAGGUAUUUAUGCUUUAACUGCACUGAUCAUAUAGAUUUUAUAUAAUUAUUAAAGUAUUAGCAAAAGUCUACCUAAAUGAUACUAACUGGAAAAACUGAUUUAUAUUUUCUUUUGAAUACUUUGUGUUUUGAUGUAUAAGAGUGUAGUCUAAAAGAACGAUUAGUGUUUUAUGUGUUCAUUUGUUGCCAUAUUUCGCAGUUAUGGAGGGAGUUACUGUUCUGUUAUGGUACGAAGCAAAUCUUUAUUCUGCUCAGGGUGAAUUUGUCAGCAUUUGUCUUGUUAUUUCUAAUAUAUGUGCCUAUUCAUGUCAUCUGUAAUGAAAUGUGGUGUCAUUCUUUGUAACAAUGAACCUAAUCCAUCUCUGAUUGAAACAUAAGCUGUUUUUCCACUUUUUAUAAAGCUAGGCAAUGAAAUGUCCUCUGCCUGCAGUCUUAGUGCUGAAUUAGAAUUCAAAACAAAUGUUCACUCUUUGAUGGGAAUUAUUUCUGUACUUUAGCGUCUUUAGCACCAAUUUGUCUAAAUGUGCAUUCUUGUUUUUGUAACCUCUUAUUUGAUCCUCUCCUACUGAUCUGUACUAAAUGUUCCAUUGCCAUUUAAUAAAAUCCAUGCGUAUUUCAUAUA